AUGUUAGAAGACACGGAGCUCCGCGGAGUCUACGAUACUCUUUGUUUGUCCCGCGAGGGCAUCUAUCGCUGGGGCUUCUACCUCUAUCGCACGACCUAUGACAAUCAGCCGCUCUGGGAACGCUACAUCUCCAACCUCAGACAACGAGCCUUCGACUUCAUCGCGAGAGACUCUUCAAGCAAACGCGACGAGAUGCAAACAACUUUCCGGAUAUCUGUCAUAGAGGAUCGAGAGUCUCUGGAUGGCGCGUCUAUCCAAGAGGUCCUGACGCGAUUUCAAUCCUGGGCCAAUGCUCUUCCAGAUGAAAGCGACGAGAGCCAAGACAUCCCAGCCAACGAUAGCCGCGACUACGCUCGAUUCAACCUGUAUCUUUAUGUGGACGCAGAAUGCCUGAGUUCAUUGGAAACAUCCAUUCCUUUUGUCAAGGUCGUUAACGCAGAGACCCCAGUUCCUGACUCUGAGGAGGAAUACUCGGACAGUGACGAAGACCUGACAGACAGUGACGAUGAGUCUGAAGCGAGCGAGCACGAUCCUGAAGAUGACUGGAUGUAUCUGGAGUGCGAGUCGCUGUGCCGUUACUACGACAUCAUGAUUUACGGAGCUGAAUGGGAUCGGCAGUCUGGGCUGGUUAAGCGUCCCAGGAAGCGCCCAUGGGAUCUUUAA